ACAAAUAUCCCGAGGAAAUCGAACAACCAUGUCAGAAUACCUUCCCGAAGAAAUUAUAGUCCAAAUUCUUCUUAGGCUUCCCGUCAAACCUUUGAUUCAGUUCACCUCCGUCUGCAGAUCUUGGAACUCCAUCAUUAAACACACUAGCUUCAUCAACGCACACCUCAACCUUAGCCAGAACAAAACCAGCAACAACACCCCUUCCAUCCUUCUCAGGCACUGCCCCAAGGACCCCACAGUUGAGCGCUAUUCUUUACACUUAGACAAUGACUCCUUCCUUAGAACACUCAAAGCCACAGCUUCCAGUUCAGAGCUUGAUCGAGUGUUUCCGAAUUGUGGGCUCGUGCAACGGAUUAUUUCUCCUCUCCGAUGAUUACCAUGCAGAAACCAACACCUUGAUUCUAUGGAACCCCUCAAUAAGAAAGUUCGUCUCACUUCCAAAGCCUCAUGAACCAACCUCCCCAUAUUAUCCUGUUUAUGGGUUCGGUUUUGAUUCGAAGAAAAAUGAUUACAAGGUAGUGAGACUGGUGUAUCUCCGCCAAGAUGAUCAAGGCCAAGCUUGCCCUGAAGUUUCGCUUUAUUCACUAAAUUCAGGGUCUUGGAAAACCAUUUCAGCAACUGCUCCUAAUUAUGUCAUCGCUCAGACAUUUUGGUCUCAAGUUUUUAUCAAAGGAGCCGUGCAUUGGAUUGCGUCUCAUCGAAAAGAAAAUGGACUCCGCAAUGUGAUUUUGUCAUUUGAUGUGAGUGGUGAGACUUUUAAAGAGAUUCAGUUGCCAGAAGAUUUACCACGUCAGUUUUACAAUAUUUCAGCUGCUGGAAAGUCUAUUGCUGUGAAGCACUAUGAGGAAAAUACACAUAGUAUUUGGAUUAUGAGAGAGUAUGGGGUGGUGGAUUCAUGGACAAAGAAAUUCUCUAUUGAUAGAAAUGUCACCCCGAAUUUCCUAGUUAUACAGAUUAUGGGGUGCAGGAAGAAUGGCGAGUUUCUGUUAGAAAUGUAUGACCAUGGAGAGAAGACUGGAAAGUUGGUUUCUCAUGAUCCUAAGAACAACAGAAAUGAAUUUCUAGGAAUUCAUACAGAUCCAGGGUAUUCAUGUAUUGAAUAUUACACGGAGAGCCUAGCUUUACUCGAUCGAGCGAGUUGAUGCACAUUCCAUGAAGGAGGAAGAAACGAAGAAUCGUUGAAAAGCAGCUAGGUGCUUUAGUUUUCAGUUUUCAUUUCGUUAUAUAUUGUACUGUAUAAAAUCCUUAUUGAAUUAGAAUAUCCCUAUAUGUGCUUGUCUCUCGAUGAUGAGAUUUUCUGCUCUACUAUGGUUGGUAGAGUUCCUAUCUGUUCGUCUGUGAGUUUAAGAAGGGGAAAAAACACAGGGAGAGUUAUGUUUGUGCUUGCUAUGCUAGCAUAUAUAUAUAUAUAUAUAUUGAUUCAGUAUAUUUUUAUUCUAUGAGUUGUAUUAGUAAUGAGUGUCAACGCGAAUACGACUUUAAUCCGGA